AUGGUAGAUAUGGAAAUUAACAGGAGUAACCCAGAGAAGGAAGUAGAUAUUGAAGAGAAAUUCACGGAUAUAGCAACUGGACAAUAUGCAAUACAAAGCAAAGCAAGAUCUGAGUCAUGUGUAGGAAAACACCUUCGCAGCUCGCUCCAAACAUGUAAAGCAAGAAACAACUUGGACAAGCUAGAGGGAUUGCCAAAAUGUACUAAAAGCAAAUCACUGGGCAAGACAUUGAAUGGCUUGAUUUAUAUAUUGAAUCAACUUUUGGUGCAAAGUAAGCAUUCGAUCAAUGCAAUUGGUUUUAUUUCCUUUAAAGAUGCUUAUGGGCUCUAUUGUGGCUUCUUUGAUAGUGCUCCUGAAGAAGCUUUGUUCCGUGAUCAUUUACUUCAUGAAGAUCAUGGAUUAUGUGUUAUUAUAACUGUAGUGUUUGGAAAACGGUACAUUUUAUUAAAAAAUGAAGAGGUUAGUGUCCAGGACUUCUCUUAG